CCCAAAUAAUUGAGGUUAUCAACAAAUUUUUUAAAUGUUUGUGUGUGAAAGUUGAACAAUCUAUUCAGCAAAAAUGGAUGACACAGAAAAUGUACAAUUACCCAAUCAAUUACUUACAGCUAAAUUCGCAGCAGCCAGAAGUAGGGAAAUUCAAGUUAUGAAUAAAAAUAUUAAUACUUCCUCAGCUGUAAAGCUAGCAUUUCAAAAGCUCCCUCAACAUAUGAGGAGAAGAGCAAUGUCACACAAUGUUAAGAGGCUGCCAAGACGUUUGCGCGAAAUUCAUUUAAGUCAAAUGAUAAAGUCUGGUUUGCCACCUAAGUCUAAACGCCCUACUAGAAAAUAUAGAAGAAGGCCAUGCCAACUGAUUAGUGAGUACACACGAAGAACAAGAAAAGUAGCUUGGCUAAAUACGCACAUUUGGCACGCUAAAAGAUUUCACAUUAUAGAAAAAUGGGGAUACAAAUUACCAAAUUGUCCUUGCGAUAAAGCUUUUCGAGCCUGCUAUAGAGCUACUAUGGGUCAUUGUUUAAUUCAAGAUAUUUCUUACUAUAAUUGUGUAGAAAUUUCAGGUACAUUUGAAGAUCUAGUAAGUAUCUUUAAAACAAUUACUGAUGAAAAAUGUGGAUUGAGUCUAACAGCCAAAGCAUAUUUAAAUGGUUCAAGGGAAGGCAGUUCUAUUAUAUUCAGACCUGACAAUCACAAGCCAAUAGGAUUAAUUUAUUUUAACUGGAGACCCAAAAUUGAGGAUAAUAAAAGGACAAUUUGGUUGUGGUGUCAUGCAGCCUUUGAUCAAGAGUUAAAAGAUAUGUUUAUUCAACAUUUUCAACUUACUGCACUCACUACGACAGGAAGUGAAAUAUAUGGUAGUGAAAGAAUGACAUUAAGAUCUAUUAAGAAUCUGAGCAGAUUUAGAUUGACUGGACCACUUUCUAAUGCAGUGCUCCAUAAUGCUUUCAAAAUUGCAAAAGAAAUUGAUUCAAAUCCUGAAUGGGUAAAAGACUACUUUCAAACAACAAAAUCAGAAACUUUUUGUAACUCGCUUGAAUAUUGGGAGCAAUUAAAAACAGCAUCGUCACCAUCAGAGGUCUCACCUCAUCUAAUUCUACCACUGAUAGUAGCUGAUCCGAGGUACACAUUUCCUAAAAAGAGAACUAAGUCUGAACCUGUUGCAGGCCCUGGUCCCACAGAUAUCACAUUGUGUGGGAAUUUUUCAGAAAGUCAGCUUUGGGAUACUAACAUAAGAGAUGAGGCUGAGAAAAAGAAAAUUUCCAAUGCUAUAAUAAAUGAGCUCAGGCAAAAUCUGCUGGUGCCUGGCACAGAAUUACCAGAACCACCAGCACUUUUUCCUAUUAUAUUGAUCCAAAGGCCUGGAAAAAAGAGUCCAGAAAAUAGAGGCUAUGGCAGUGGUUGGGAUAUAAUUCUACCUUCCGCCUGGGCUCAACCAAUGUGGAUUUCACUCGUAAUGUGGGGAGGUAGAGCUGGAGGUUUAAGAGAAACUGAUUCAAUAUUAUUCGAGUCUGGCUACCAGCAUCAUCUACAUCCUGAUACAUUAGCAGGCGAAAAGGAAGAGAAUGAAAUAUCUGCCAAAUGUAAAGAGAAAUUCUUUAAAAUGCCUCUUAAUAAAAGAACCAACUUCGCCAAAUUUGGAAUCUCCAGUCCGCUCGAUUGGAAUUGGAAGUUAUUGUUGACUGAAUGGUCACAGAAUGGCAAAGUUGUGACAGAUUUUUUUGUACUUAGGGACAAAAAAGUUUUAAAAAGUAUUCAGGAUGUACUAACCAAAAAAUCAAAGGAAAAAAUUCAGCUAGAAGAAAAUUGUUUAGUCCCUGUGCAAAUAACAUCAAUGAAAAGAGGCAAUUGUCGAUCAUUUUCCGUAAUUUGUUUACCACACGAAGAAGACUUAGCUAAAGAACCAAAAGAACCUAAAUGUAAAGACGUUUAUGCAGAAGAAAGGAAGAGUCUCAGGCGAGACCAUAAACAGUUGUUAAAGAGAUUGAGAAAACGUAGGAUAAGAGAGAAGAAAAAGGGAAAGAUCAUACCAAUAGACCAAGACUUGCUUAAAAACUAUACCAACAAGAUGAGGAAGUUGUGGCUACCCGAACCAACUAUUAUUAGAAAAUUAUGCACACGGGAAGUAAUGGGCUUUGUAAAACAUGGGGGUUAUAGUUUCUUGGCAAGUAAAAGUAAAGCAAUAGGAUACAUAACAGCAGGUGCUCUAUCCUCGUUAUUGUCGACAAAAAGUAUAGAUAGAGUUUUAGUAAGGAACACACAUUCCAGACAGUACCGUCUUGGGCGGUUAAAUGUUAUUUGUGAAUAAAGUUAUAUUAUGUUGUUUA